AUGCUCGCCGGAGAUCAGAGUAUAACCGGAGAUCUCUCUUUAUCCCGACCCGAUUUCAAACCUUUCUUCAUCUCCACCAGAUUUCAAGUUGGAAAGCGUUCUCUUCAUCCCCACCAGAUCACUUCGCAGAAACCCCAUGAAACCUGCGACUCAUUUCUUAUGGUGUGCAUAAUAAUUCCGAGAAGUAGAUUGCAAGUGACGUACGAGAUCGAUUCAUACCUAACAUCCACUGAUUUUGAAGUUUCGGUUUUAGGUUUGCAUCCUGGAUGAAUUUAAGGUUUAAGUUCCAUUGAUGUUGGGGAUUACCGGAAUAUUCUUCAUUGCAGCCGGAGAAGACAGUUGUGCAUGGGAGGGGGGGGGGGGGGGGGUGGAACCGUCAAUGUGUGGGAUUUUCUGGGGACUAAACACGAUGAGGGAAGGGAGGGAAGCAGAGGCGAAGGGGGGUUCGGUGGUAGGUCACAUUUAAUUAAUAUUUUUUUAAUUAAUAGAUAAUUUAAAAUAGGGAAAAGAAAUCAAUAAGUGUAAAUUAGUCUUUUUAGAACGAACAGGGACCAAGCGUGCAACAAAAUUAUAAAUUAGGGACGGUUCGAGUUAAAAAAAGUUGUUGGGCAUCAAACAUGCAGAUUACCUUAAACCACAGGGACCAUCCGUGUAAUUUACCCU